ACCGACCUAAUAAAAGUUUCCCGAAACAGCAACUCCUGCCCCCUCUUCCCCGCCCAAAGCCCGAGGUUGUGGGGGGGAAGAGCCCCCCUCCCUCCCCGCUUCCCCGCCCCUCUCCCACAGCCGGAGGGAACGGUUGCAGGUGGAGCGGCGCCGGGGGCGGGGGAGAGCCGGGCUCCGGCGGCCGCCGUAGCCCCGGCGAGCGGGGCGCUUCGGGUCCUGCUCGCCGCUCCGGUUCCGGCUCCUCGGCUGGCUGCGGCCGCGGCGGCGGCGGCGGCCGCUGCGGGGCGGUUCCUCCUGUCAACUGCCUGCGCCCGCGCGCCGCCCGCCCGCCCGCCCGCCCAGCGCCUCGGCGCGGAGGGACGCCGUGAGCUGCCGCUGCCGCCGCCGCCGCCGUCGCCGCGGGCCGCGGAGGGACGUGGUGAGCUGUGGCGCUUCCGCGUCGGCGCCGCCGGGGGGACUCUUUGGGAGCGCGUCGGGCCCGAAGCCCCGGUUCCCGUUCGCGCGGUCACACAGCCGCGGCUGCGCCAGGUGGGGCCGGAGCCGCCUCCCGCGCCGCGCCGCGCCGCGCUGUGCCCCCGCCGGCCUUCCUUCCUGCCGCCCGCCCGCCCUCGGAGUUAACCCCGGCCGCGAUGAAGAGCUGCUUACACUGAAAGGAAAAGUAGGUCGCGCCCACUGAAAAUGCCUUUAAGGGACAAAUACUGUCAGACUGACCACCAUCACCACGGAUGCUGUGAACCAGUUUAUAUCCUGGAACCUGGAGAUGCUCCUUUGUUACAGCAACCACUACAGACUUCCAAAUCUGGUAUUCAGCAAAUAAUUGAAUGCUUUCGAUCAGGAACUAAACAGCUUAAGCAUAUUUUAUUAAAAGAUGUGGACACUAUUUUUGAGUGUAAAUUGUGCCGCAGUCUCUUCAGAGGAUUACCAAAUUUAAUUACCCAUAAGAAAUUCUACUGUCCACCAAGUCUCCAGAUGGAUGACAACCUUCCUGAUGUAAAUGAUAAACAAAGCCAAGCCAUAAGUGAUCUCCUGGAAGCCAUAUAUCCGAGUGUGGACAAACGAGAAUAUAUUAUUAGGCUAGAACCUAUAGAAACUAACCAGAAUGCUGUAUUUCAAUAUAUUUCAAGGACUGAUAAUCCUACUGAAGUUACAGAGUCAAGUAAUCCUCCUGAACAGGUUGAAGUUCAAAUACAGGAAACUACUAGCACUGAACAGUCUAAAACAGCACCAGUCCCAGAUACAGAGGUGGAAACUGUAGAGCCCCCUCCUGCUGAGAUUGUUGCAAAUGAAGUUGCACCUGCACCUGAUGAGCAACCUCAGGAAUCACAGGCUGACUUGGAUACUUCUGACAAUUCUGACUUCGGUCACCAGUUGAUAUGCUGUCUUUGUAGGAAAGAAUUUAAUUCCAGACGAGGUGUUCGUCGUCACAUUCGGAAAGUACACAAGAAAAAGAUGGAAGAACUAAAAAAGUACAUUGAAACACGAAAAAAUCCAAACAAAUCUAAGGGACGCAAUAAGAAUGUUUUAGUUCCAUUAAGUCGGAGUUGUCCUGUAUGUUGUAAAUCAUUUGCUACAAAAGCGAAUGUAAGGAGGCAUUUUGAUGAAGUUCAUAGAGGACUAAGGAGAGAUUCAAUUACUCCUGAUAUAGCAACAAAGCCUGGGCAACCUUUGUUCCUGGAUUCUGUUUCUCCUAAAAAAUCUUUUAAGACUCGAAAACAAAAGUCGUCUUCAAAGGCUGAAUACAAUUUAACUGCAUGCAAAUGCCUCCUUUGCAAGAGGAAAUAUAGUUCGCAAAUAAUGCUUAAAAGACAUAUGCAAAUUGUCCACAAGAUAACUCUUUCUGGAACAAACUCUAAAAGAGAGAAAGGCCCUAAUAAUACUGCCAACAGUUCAGAAAUAAAAGUUAAAGUUGAACCAGCAGAUUCUGUAGAAUCUUCACCCCCUUCCAUUACCCAUUCUCCACAGAAUGAAUUAAAGGGAACAAAUCAUUCAAAUGAAAAAAAGAACACACCGGCAGCACAGAAAAAUAAAGUUAAACAAGAUGCUGAAAGCCCUAAAUCAACUAGUCCGUCUGCUGCAGGUGGUGGCCAGCAAAAAACCAGGAAACCAAAACUUUCAGCUGGCUUUGACUUUAAGCAACUUUACUGUAAACUUUGUAAACGUCAGUUUACUUCCAAACAGAACUUGACUAAACACAUUGAGUUGCACACAGAUGGGAAUAACAUUUAUGUUAAAUUCUACAAGUGUCCUCUUUGCACUUAUGAAACUCGUCGGAAGCGAGAUGUGAUACGACAUAUAACUGUGGUUCAUAAAAAGUCAUCCCGCUAUCUUGGGAAAAUAACAGCCAGUUUAGAGAUCAGAGCUAUAAAAAAGCCCAUUGAUUUUGUUCUAAAUAAAGUGGCAAAAAGAGGCCCUUCGAGGGACGAAGCAAAACAUAGUGAUUCGAAACAUGAUGGCACUUCUAACUCUCCUAGUAAAAAGUAUGAAGUAGCUGACGUUGGUAUUGAAGUAAAAGUCACAAAAAACUUUUCUCUUCACAGAUGCAAUAAAUGUGGAAAGGCAUUUGCCAAAAAGACUUAUCUUGAACACCAUAAGAAAACACAUAAGGCAAAUGCUUCUAAUUCACCUGAAGGAAACAAAACCAAAGGCCGAAGUACAAGAUCUAAGGCUCUUGUCUGGUGGGUACCAGGUAAUCAGAAGGAUCUUUACAAGAGCACUGAGGCUGCAACAGAACUAGAGAAGACCGGAUGAAAGGAGGAGAGGUUGGGAUGAUGCCCACAGGGAUAAGAGUACCCUCUAGAAACUGCACAAGGCAAGAAAAUAAAAUUCUCCUCUAGAAGUCACAGAAGAAAUACAGCCCUUGUCACUUCUUGAUUUUAGCCUUCUGGGACUUUGGACCUCCAGAACAGUAAGAUAAUCAAUUUGUGCUGUUUAAGACAUACUGUUUGUUAUAGCUGUUAUAGUAAUAGUAAGAAACUAAUACAAGCUAGAGUCAGACUCCAACUCUCUGGAACUCAACAUUUGAAGGGACACAGAAUAACAGGGGGAUCUGUGUAAAGUUCUUCUGUUUUGACUUCAGUCAGAUUUUACUUUCAUUUUUAAACAGCAUGAAUGUUUGGCAAAGUUCUCUUUUAAGCAGCUUUAUUGUUUGCAAGAAAAAAGAAAAGAUCAAAGCCUCAACUUCACUGGCAGUGCUAAUGAUCAAUUUUGAGAAAAAUAAAAGACAUUCCCCAAACUACAAACCUUAAAUUUGCAAUUUUACUUCUCUGUCAUUCUUUACCGGCAUUAAUUGUUUAUAAUUAGAAGGGAUCUGCAAUUAGCAAUUUAAUUUAUUUGAUUGCUUCAAUAAUUUUCUCUGACACUUUUCUUUCAUCCAAAUACUGUAAAGUGCUUUGCAGAAAUUAGAUUUCAUACAAAUUGUGUAAUUAAUCCUUCUUUGUAGAUUUUUGCUUAAUAGUGUUAGCAGAAAUCUGAAAAUGAUAUAUGCAAACCUAAGUUUCUUAGGAUAAAAUAGCACUUAAAAGCAAUUUGCUUUUGUUUUACUUACCUGACUUUCACUGUUCAGCGAUACAUGACUAUUAUCAUUGUUCAUAAUAAAUCAAACAUGAUGGCCUAAUGCCAAUUUCUGAAAGCGCUUCAGCUAUUAGAGGGUCUACUUUUAAGUCAGUAGAAGCUCUGUGUUUAAUAUAAAUGAACUGAGGUUCAGAGAGAAGGACUAGACUUAAAGUUCACAGCCCUCAGCAAUGUUCCUAUUCUUAUUUCACAUUGUGUAUAUUUGGCUGACUAUUUAAAAUGUUAAGACAAUGCGUUAAAUUCCACAGAAUGUCAGAAUUUAUUUCUCUUGAUUAAUUGCCCAGGAAAUAUUUCUAAGAAACUGUGUGAUCACCCUCUUCAAUAUAACUAUUUCUAGUCGUUGCCCUCUUCAUCACUAUUUCAUAUACAUAAGAUCAAAGAAAUCUAAUAAGGAACCAGAGAUAGGAACUUGAGCAGAUCCUUAAUGAAAGGUCUGAUUUCCUAACCAAGGCAAAUGCUUUCCUUAGAAUAAUUAAAUUUUAGGUAAAAACCAUCACACUUUCUUUAAAUAAUUUUUUUUUAUUCCUCUGGGUUCUCAUGUAUGCUGAAAAGAUGAUAAAGGAACUGAAAGAAGAGAUAUGCUUUGGUUUUCACUUACCACUGUUCUGCGGCUCCUAUCAAAGAAACUCAGUUCAUUUUGAUUGAAUAAGUUGAUAGAAAUGAACAAAGAGAAUAGACUGAAGUACAAAUGGGAAAGUUUGGUUUAAUAGGAUGAACAAAAGACUGGGACAUGAAGCUGACAUUUAACAGUCUUUGGUCUCAGAUACUAAUUUUGACUUGUGAUGAUGAUUUCUUGGUGAGGAAUAAAAUAAAUUCCUUGGAACUCCCUUAACUUCGUGUUCUUGAGAAACAUGCAUUUAAAAAGUGAAACAGUCUUAUAAGGAGACACAGAAAGUUCAAUUAAAUUUAUACUUAUCUUAAAGGCAGAAAGAAGGCCAA